AUGGCCAGCCAGGUCUGCCUCCCUCUUGCCCCACGCCUCUCUUCUCUGAAACCUUUGAAGACACUCUCCCAAGACCUCCAGGUGGGCCUCUGUGUAUCAAUCCAGCGCAGUGACAAGAGGAUCCACCCUGCUGUAGUCACAGGGAUCAACAGAGAAAACUCUUGGGUCACUGUAGAGUGGGUUGAGAAAGGAGUCAAAAAAGGCAAGAAGACUGAUCUAGAGACGAUAUUCCUGCUGAAUCCAGGUCUGAUCUCUGCUGAACACCAAACACCAUCCAGGCCCUUGCGUCCCUUGGCUCUAACACCCUCAGCAGCCACUGGUGACCAACAUACAGCCACUCAGUGGGUUGCAGUGGUUCCCCCAAAAAAUGAAACACCCUCGGGGGAUAGCCUGUCCUUUAUAGUUCCCAGCAACCCUUGUCUGAUGAAGCAGAAAAAGUCUCCUUGUGUGAGGGAAAUUGAGAAGCUCCAGAAACAGCGAGAUGAACGCAGGCAACUGCAGCUGGAGAGACAAGCAAGACGAGCCCUUGAGUUCAGCACAAAGAAUCCAAAUUAUGAGAUCAUGGGUAUGAUCGAAGAGUAUCGCAGACACCUGGAUAGCAGCAAGCUGUUCAGCCUGGAGCCUCCUGAAGACCACAGGAUCUGCGUCUGUGUGAGGAAGCGGCCCCUCAACCAGAGAGAGACCACCAUGAAGGACCUGGACAUCAUCACUAUCCCCUCAGACAACAUGGUCAUGGUGCAUGAGUCCAAGCAAAAAGUGGACCUCACCCGCUACCUGGAGAACCAGACCUUCUGUUUUGACCAUGCCUUCGAUGACAAGGCCUCCAAUGAGUUAGUGUACCAGUUCACUGCCCAACCACUGGUGGAGUCUAUCUUUCGCAAGGGCAUGGCCACCUGCUUUGCCUAUGGGCAGACUGGUAGUGGGAAGACGCACACCAUGGGAGGAACCUUCUCUGGAAGGACCCAAGAUUGUUCUAAAGGCAUUUAUGCCCUGGUUGCGCAGGAUGUCUUUCACCUGCUCAAAAGCUCCACUUAUGAUAAGCUGGAUCUCAAAGUCUAUGGGACAUUUUUUGAGAUUUAUGGUGGCAAAGUGUAUGAUUUGCUGAACUGGAAGAAGCAACUGCAAGUCCUUGAGGAUGGCAAUCAACAAAUCCAAGUGGUUGGGCUGCUGGAGAAAGAGGUGUGCAGUGUGAAGGAAGUGCUGAACCUUGUCAAGCUAGGAAACAGCCGUCGGACUUCUGGGCAGACAUCUGUCAACUCCCAUUCAUCCAGGAGCCAUGCAGUGUUCCAGAUCAUCCUGAGGUCAAAAGGAAACCUGCACGGCAAGUUUUCCCUUGUUGACUUAGCUGGGAAUGAAAGAGGAGCAGAUACCGCCAGGGCCAACCGGAAGAGGCAGCUGGAAGGGGCAGAGAUUAAUAAGAGUCUCCUUGCCCUCAAAGAAUGUAUCCGGGCUUUGGGUCGGAACAAGUCUCACACUCCAUUCAGAGCAAGCAAACUCACACAGGUGCUCCGAGAUUCUUUCAUAGGCCAAAACUCUUCCACUUGCAUGAUUGCUACUAUCUCACCAGGGAUGACUUCUUGUGAAAACACCCUCAACACUUUAAGAUAUGCCAACAGAGUAAAAGAAUUAGCACUACAUAUAAAGCCCUAUCAUCGUUGCUUCUCUCCAAUUGGACAUGAGGCACCACGGAUGUUAGAAAAGCACAUUAGGAAUUCUGAAUGUUCCCUUCAGAGGACUGGAUUUAUUAAAAUACCUCAUACACAGAGAGAGCAGAAGAAUCAGAGUAAAGAAAUUGCAACAUUUUCCACACCAUUAGUGAAGGACACAGCAGCUUCAUGGAAAAAAUCUAGACAGUGGUGGGAGAACGUCCAGGAGACAGCCAAAGGAGUAAACUGUGAUGUUGAUUUUUGCAUUGCCCAGUCACUGUCCAUUUUGGAGCAGAAAAUUGCUGUUUUGACUGAGAUACAAAAGAAACUCAGAUUAUUACGAGCUGAUCUCCAAAAGAAGACCAAAAUAGAGUGA